GAUGCAAACACCCAGCGGUUGUACGUAGCCGGGCGGUUGGGAGGAAUGGACGAAGUGGAGCGGAAUUUGCUAUAUCGCGUGGGUUACGAACGACGCUGCGAGCGUCUCGGAGAACGAUUGGCACAGCGAGAGACAGCCACGCGCCCUCGUAAAAAGCCAAAAAAGGCAAAACGAGCAGACGCGACCGGUGCAGCGCUGGUCGUUCGGCAGAAGAAGGACUGCGAUCGAAAACAACACCCCACGAGCAAGGCAGUACGCCCAAAGAACGUCCGAAAUACCUGUAAACCGUCGCCUUCGAGAUUUCUUACACGUAGCAGGGGAGACGGCGUUUCCUUCAGCUCUUGUUAGUUUGACUCUCCGAAACAGGGGUUCAGAGGGUGAUUGGUGGUGGGGAUGAUGGCUGCCACGGUGUCUUCGAUGCUCUCGUGCGAUACCCAGUCACUUCAGUCCGUGGAUAAUAGGCUACCCCCAUAUAACUUGAAUCAAAGGGACACGAAGUGUGUAAAUUG